CAGGUUUACAGCCUGCAAGGUUGUUCAAAGCUACCCCAGUUUCACCAAUUGUAGUAUAGCAGAGGCACAUUGCACUCCAAUUUACAGGUUCACAUUAGUUGUUGGCAUGGGACUCAUAAUGGCAAACACACUCUGGUUAUUUCCAAAGCAGUUAGUUCUGUUUUUACUAGUGGAGAACUUAAUCACUCCUACUUUUUCACUUACGUACAGCACUGGCACAUGGCAACAACUUCCAAGCCGACUGCCACAGUUUGGGGAUUGUCUGCCUUUUAAACAGCUUCAACUUCCCCAACAAACAGUUUCCAGACCAGUUCGAGUGGAAACGGUCGACGUGAAGUGCCAUUCAGACUACAUGGAGAUAGUUGUGAAUGCUGAUCUGUUUAAACUUGGUAUUCUUAUUGACGUGGAUGACCUGCGACUUGGAGUUGAACAGGACCAAGAGACCUGCAGGGCUACAGCAUCAGCAGCCGGAGAUGAAUACAGAAUAUUUGCAGCGCUAUCAGACUGUGGAACCAAGCGUUUGAUGAACAAAGACACCUCAGAUAUACACCCAGAGCCACACCAGAUGGGGUUAUUCGAAUGGCUGGUGCUGUAAUCCCAAUUGCUUGUCAUUAUGAAAUGAAGUACAGUUCAGACAGUGCCCCUAUCCAGCCGACCUGGAUCCCCUUCAGCGCCACGGUGUCUGCUGAAGACAACCUGCAGUUCUCCUUGACGCUUAUGACAAGUGACUGGCUCUAUGAGCGGGGUUCUGGAGUCUACUUCCUGGGUGAUCCCAUAAACAUUGAGGCGUCUGUCAGGGUAGCUCACCACUCCAGGGUCUUUGUUAGCAGCUGCGUGGCCACACUGGACCCUCGUGGCUACCGCAUCAAACCUCAAGCCACUGGCGACCAUUGGAGGAGUGGGAUGAAGUCCAAGAAAGUAUGGAACCAGGAUGUUACUCUGGGCCCCAUAAUGGUUACAACCAAACAGAGGACACCUUUAUCUCCAAUGACGAGGGAAGGUAUCGCUAUAUAUGGCUUCCAUUCUCCAACUGAGGACAGGAGGCCUGUAUCACCUGGCAGUCGUUGGAAGAAGGGAAUGGACUUCAAAAGGGAGUUGACUCCUACACCUGAGCCCAUUGGAGACCUUGGAGAGGACAAGGAUCUCUAUACAUUUGGAACUCAUUGAAAGGAAUGCUGUGGUGGCCCAUUUUUGUCCCACUCCAAGCGGCACACUCACUCCUGAUGACCCUACAACCAAGUGACCUCGGCACCACAACUGCUCCUGGUGAGGUGAACAAUGCUGAAAAGGAGCACUCAAACAGUGAAGGGACUACCACUGUACCACAACACUAAGGAGACAUGCUCUCAUCAGAACUCUCAAAACAAUGAACAUGAUAUGACUUAACCUUGAAGUAUAAAUUAUUUGGAGAUACCUUGACAAUAAAUUUGUGUUUACUCCA